AUGACUAUUUCUCCGUGUGGUACCAAAAAAAAAGUUCAUAAAGGAGUUAAAUCACCACAUAAAGGUCAUAAAUCAAAAGAUGUAAGGAAAUUGUCAAAAGAGAGAUCAGCGAACAAUGGGGGAAGUAUGGAUAAUGUGAUAGUGGAUCCAAAUGCACCUAAGCCUCCAUCAGUUUAUGGUGUCGCAGGAACUAAUGAUGUUAAUUACGCUACAUUAAACAAUUUAAAUAACAAUUGCUUUGAUAAAGGAGGUGCUGGUGGUGGUCGUAAUGAACUUCCAAAAACUCCUGAUUUAAAAAAUGGUCCAAUGAUAAAAGACGCUAAUGAUCCUCAAUACCAAACUCUUCAAGCACUUAACAAUGAUUGUUUUAAUGAUAAAGGUGGAGAUGGAGGUGGUGGACCAAAAGCACCUGAUGCUAGAAAUGCUGGAAUGGUACCCGCUGAUCAGAAAAAUUACCAAACUCUUAAUGCCUUAGGUAAUGAUUGUUUUGACAAAAAAGGUGGAGAUGGUGGUGGACCAAAAGUUCCAGAAAAAAGAAAUGCUGGAGUUGUUCCUGCUGAUCAACAAAAUUACCAAACAUUAUGUGCCUUAGAUAACAAUUGUUUUGACAAAAAAGGUGGAGAUGGUGGUGGACCAAAAGCACCAGCUAAUAAGGGAAUGGUUCCUGCUGAUCAAAAAAAUUAUCAAACUCUUAAUGCUUUAGGUAAUGAUUGUUUUGAUAAAAAGGAUAAUGGUGGAGAUGGUGGUGGACCAAAAGUUCCUGUCAAUAAGGGAGUAGUUCCUGCUGAUCAGAAAAAUUAUCAAACCCUAAAUGCUUUAGGUAAUGAUUGUUUUGAUAAAAAAGGUGGUGGUGGUGGUGGAGGUACACCAAAAGUGCCAGUUAAUAAAGGAGUUGUUCCCGCUGAUCAGAAAAACUAUCAAACAUUAAAUUUCUUAUCCAAUGAUUGUUUCAAAAAAUAG